AUGGGCCGAAGUCUCCGAAAAGACAUCUUUCAUCUGCUCAAGUGUAGUCAACGAGAACUGCGACAUCUACAGAUCCGUUGCCUCGAGCGGGUGAGUAUAGAUCUCACAAACUUUCGGGCCGACGGUGAGGGACACGACCACAAUGUACACGAAUCCGCCGACUCAGAAAGCAGACUCUUGAAGUUGCCCCACCUGAAGUUAUACAACGUCGAGUUUGACGAGAUUUGGUGCUGCUUGGCAGCCACCAUCGAUUUCAGUGACGUCAAAACUCUUGCGUUGUUCAAUUGUGAGAACGCCACUGUUUACGACAAGUUUGUGUCUAGCCUCAACGGCAGAACCCCUGCUUUGGAGCAUGUGUAUGUUGCCAUUGAUGGCAGGGAUUCCAUCUCAGAUUUGCUUUACUGCUGCGAAAACCUUACUAGUCUGCAUCUCGUCUGGGAUCAUCAGGAGGACAAUCUAGACAAAUUCUGGCGCAUGAUCGAGCGCAGGGGCCCUGGAUUGAAGAGUCUCGGCGUCCAGAAUCGAUACACUACGUUUCCUUUCGGCGAUUGGGACGAUCAAUUAUCGCGCCUACUUUCGAUAUGCCAGAACGUGGAACAUCUUCGCUUACCAAUAUCGAAGGAUGUCAUGGAAGCUUCCAUAUGGGAAGGGGAAGAUGACGAAGAUGAAGAAGACGAAGAUGAGGAGUAUGCAGAGUUUCUGGCAAGCAGGAACUGUUUCGAGCAGAUGACGCAAUUGCGCUCAAUUCUAUUCACAUACUAUCCCGACAUCUUCCAUCGCGACACAUACGGGGAAGAGUACGAACUCCAACCAGAGGUAUUUGCCAGCAAUUUCUUCCAAUACCUCGAUGCGCGUGGUUGGUGUCCUAGCUUAGACGUUCUGGUCACUGGCGUCCCGGUAGAUCUCGAGGAUAUAGAAGAUGUUGAACCUGGCUAUGCACACGCACUAGAGUUCAAGACUCCAUAUCCAUGGCAAUGCUUUGUCAAGGGCGAGUAUGCUAUCGUUGAAAAGGUACCGGCACAUGUACUGCGAUCUUAUCAGCCUGGGUACAACAUGCCAGACAUCAUUCCACGAGCGGAUUGGAUGGAUUCCACUUCUGGAGAGUCCUGGGGGUUCUUGGCUGAUCGCGAAUCUAACAUUUCAAUUGGAUAG